AUGGACCCUCUAUCUUUCUCAGCGUCCCUCAUCACAGUCCUAGGACUCGCCGCGAAAGUCGGAAAGAAGGCGAAACAAAUUGUCGAUGACACCAAAGAUGCGCCUGCCGAGCUCACCGAAAUCCGGGAUGAAAUCGAAUCGUUGACGUGGGUUAUCGAGCGGCUCGAUGCACUCUCAAAAGAAGAAGCGCGCGCCAACCCAACACGACCGAUCUUGUGGUCAAGAAAUGCAUCGCGAACCACGGAUAUUGAAAUUGCGCUUGGGUCGUGCACAAACGUGAUGAAGGAGUUGAGCCGAAGGUUAGAUGCAGUGGAGGGGUACUUGACCGGAGGUGUAUUUGACAAGAUGAAGUAUCCGUUCUUUGUCUCAUCGGAAAGGAACAAUUUAAGAGACUUGAGGCUGAGGACACUCGGACUCGUCAAAGCGGCAUCGUCUGCUUCAGUGGAGCAUCACGGUGCGAUCCAGGAGCUUUUAAAGCUAGUACGGAGCUUGCAAUCGCAGGACGAAUUGGAUGGAGUACCUGGUAUCCCUCAGACGAUUGAACGGGCUACACCCAUAUCGAGCGGCCUCACUGGAAGUACGGCUGUUUCCGAUGGAGAUGGCUGUGAAGGAACGGACUCAGUUAACAGCAACACUUCCACGACAUUUGAGCUGGAAGUGUACUCUAGUCCGGACGCAUGGAUAUCGAGGUUUCGUUAAAGUACAUGUUUAUGAGGGGAAGUGGCUCUUUUGAGAGACAUUGAGGAGGCGAGAGCUAGCUGAAG